AUGGACAGUGAUAAAGAAAGACAAGAAGUUUCAGAUCAUGAAGAGGAAUCCUAUGAGAAUGAAGAGAAGAUGAAAGGAUCUCAACUGGGGUCUUUCAAAGAUGAAGCUGAAUCGAUGAUGGUUGAUGAGGUUGCACUAUAUAACUCAGCACCAGGACCACGUGAGUGCAACAUUUGCGGUAAGACUUUCAGAAAUGGCAAAGCAUUGGGAGGCCACAGAAGAUCUCACUUUCAAGCUCUGAGGAAGAAUCAAAGGAAGGUAAAAGCGCGUUUCCCUAAUCAGAACUCAAGAAUAGGUGAUAUUAACAAUAGGGCUAUUUGUGAUUAUGAUGACGAUGAUGAUGUUAAUGAUGACCCUUUUAUGUGUGAUGGAAAAUUCACUUGUUUUCUUUGCAAGAAGGAAUUUCCUUCCAAAAAUUCCUUGUUUGGACACAUGAAAUCUCACCCUGAGAGAUCUUGGAGGGGUGUGUUUCCUCCUACUCAUCACCCCCAUAAGCAUUCUUCUUCUUCCCACAACUCUGAUUCUAUGGAAAACCAUAACGAAGAUGAGGAGGAUGAUGAUUUUGUUCCGAAUGUUGCUGUUCUUGCACUAGAUGAGGAACAUGUAGUGCUUGAUCUCUUGCAGUUCACUUCACCAAGUUGGCUAACGAAAGAUAAGAGAGGCAGAAGAUGUAUUGGAGGUUAUGCUGCUGCUGAAACUCUCGCCUUCAUUUAUUCUUAUGCUAAGUUAUAUCGUGGUGAAUCUAGUAAUAAUAAGGCUGGAGUGGAGCAGAAUACUCCUGAAGUUCCAACUCCUCAAGUUCCAUGGAAAUGUAACAAAAGUAUGAUUGGUGAAUCAUCAACAAGUGGCAAACCUGCGGGGAAGAAGAUAAAGAUCUAUUUUAGUGAGAUGCAGGUGGAAAACAAAGUUGAAGAGAGUGAUGAUUGUGAUGAUAGUGACAUGGUGGAUGGGGAUGAUGAUGAGGAGGAUGUGAUGAAUGAGAAUGUGGAUGCUGAAGAAACCCUUGGUAGGGUGCAGGAUCAUGCUGGUCAUUUUGGUGAAAGCAAGCUGAAGAAGGUGGAGAAAGGGAAGAAUAUUGAGAACUUGGCAUUGAACAAAUCAAAGGCAAGAGACUCAGAAUAUGUGAAUGAAGGACAAGAGAACUUGGGUGGGUACAAAUGUGGCACUUGUGGGAAAUCUUUUUCAACUUUCCAAGGCUUAGGAGGACACAGAUCUAUUCAUAAGGAGAAGAACAUUGCAACCAUGAAUGCAUCAAAGGCCUCAGAAGCUGUUGCUGAAGAAAACCAUUCUCGCAGCACUAGUAAUAUGAAUAAAAUGGAUGAGGCAUCAUUGAAUGAAGAAACAGAAGCAGAUGAGGCAUGUCAGUCUUCGGGUGCCAAGAAAAUGAACUUUGAUCUAAAUGAACCUUAUGCUAUGGAGGAUUAA